UAAGCCAACCUGUGUGGUUUUUAAAGUUAAAUGUCGAGACGAUUAAAUUUGGGUCGGCGAACGCGAAAUUCGUUUCAAGUUGUGGCUUCAAGGAGCCGUGAAAGUAGCCAAGACAUUAUACAUCGCAAUGGAAAAAAUCGUCUACGCACAGCAAGAUCCCGUUCAAAUCAACGGAAAAAUGACGCAACAACAACUGCAAAUGAACGUCGUGAUAUUCAAAAUCUACAAGGUGUUGCGUUUGCGUACAGUAGUGUCACCGAUUACGCUUCUCAUAGGCAAAUUAUAAUUGGUCCAAUGAACGACCGUUGUCGCCAUUGUCAGGCAUUAAAAUUUAAAGGUGAAGCAGAUGGGAUGUGCUGUGCGAAUGGUAAAGUGAAAUUGCCUGAAUUAGGCAGCCUACCACAACCAUUGAGCACGUUACUUAAUGGAUUGACACCUGAGUCUAAUCAUUUUUUGAACAAUAUACGAAAGUAUAAUUCGAGUAUUCAAAUGACAUCUUUUGGCGCCACAAAUAUUAUAAGAGACAACUUCAUGCCAACGUUCAUGAUUCAAGGUCAAAUAUACCAUCGAGCUGGAUCUUUGUUACCUUUUGACAACGCAGACCACCAAUUUUUGCAAUUAUAUUUUAUCGGGAACGCGGAAGACGAAGCUGAUCGUCGGUGUGCCAUUAUUACUAACACGCGGAGACAAAUUAUUUUCGAUUUGCAAAAUAUGUUCCAUGAGCACAACGAAUUGGUUCAGGUUUUCAAAACAUCGCUUGAUCGAAUGCCAUCUGACGAUCAUAAAAUUAUUAUGCAAGGCGUUUCAAUGCACAAACAGUUGACGAAGUGGCAAUAGUCAUAGUUGGUGAGCAAUUUAAUAAUCGUGGUAUUGUGCUUCAUAGUAGAAAUGAACAACUUGAAUGUGUAUCCGAGACUCAUCGCUGUUAUGAUGCACUACAAUAUCCCAUAUUGUUUUGGAGCGGACAAGAUGGUUAUAAUUUCAACAUUAAAAUGAUAAAUCCAGUAAACGGUCGAGAAGGAACAAAAAAAGUUAGUGCUAUGAAUUAUUACGCAUACAGGCUGCAGAUACGGCAAAAUCAAGACAACCACAUAUUGAGGUGUAGAGCACUUUUCCACCAGUUGUUGACAUGUAUGCAAAAAUUGAAUCGGAACGGUUAAAUUUUCUUCGAUUCAACCAAGCCAAAUUACGUUCCGAAGAGUAUGUUCAUUUGCGUGAUGCCAUUAACAACGAUGGUAAAGCACAAAACGUUGGAACUAUGAUAAUAUUACCGUCAUCGUAUGUUGGAAGCCCACGUCAUAUGUUUGAUGUCAUACGUUACGGUCGACCAGACCUCUUCAUCACCUUCACGUGUAAUCCGUAAUGGGAAGAAAUCUCGGAAUUAUUGUUUGUUGGCCAAACAUCGAAAGAUCGCUAUGAUAUUUUAGCACGUGUUUUUAGACAAAAAGUGAAAUCACUCAUGGAUUUAAUUGUCAAACACGGUGCAUUUGGGCCUGUUCAAUGUUGGAUGUAUUCAAUUGAAUGGCAGAAACGAGGUUUGCCUCAUGCGCAUAUUUUGAAUAAAAUUGACGAUGUGAUUUCGGCAGAAAUUCCAGAUCCGACAGUGGAUCCUGAAUUGUUUGAAGUGGUCACCAAAAAUGUGAUUCACGGUCUAUGUGGUGCGUUGAAUUUGAGUUCACCCUGUACGGUUGAAGGGAAAUGCUCCAAACGUUUUCCAAAAAAUUUGGUCUCCGAUACAGUGACGGGCAACGAUGGAUAUCCCGAAUAUCGGCGUCGAUCAACUAAAGAUAAUGGCCAUUCGGUAACUUUGAGAGUUAAAAAUCAAGAUUUGGAGAUUGAUAAUUAUAACUAAUUAUAAUUAUGAUAGCGAUUAUAAUCGUUGGGUUGUGCCAUAUUCACCGUUAUUGUCUAAGAUUUAUAAAGCGCACAUAAACGUAGAGGUCUGCAAUUCAGUUCAAUCUAUUAAACACAUUUGCAAAUACAUCAACAAGGGCAGUGAUAUGGAGCAGUUGCUAAUGUUACCGAUGAAAUCACUCAAUUUCAAAUGGGCAGAUACAUCAGUUCAAAUGAAGCAGUAUGGCGCAUAUUAUCAUUCCCGAUCCAUGAUAGGCAUCCAACUGUAGUUCAUUUAGCUGUUCAUCUUGAAAACGGUCAACGCGUUUUUUUCACACCCGGAAAUGCAAUGCGAAGAGCUGCGCAACCACCAGCAACAACUCUAACUGCAUUUUUUUCGUUGUGUCAAGCAGAUGAUUUUGCGAAAACAUUGCUAUCCGCCGAAGUACCCGAAUAUUAUAUGUGGAAUAAUUCGUCAAAAGUUUUUCAAAGGCGAAGACGCGGAAAAGCCGUUCAUGGUCAGCCAGUAUUGUUUCACUCAGAUGCUAUAGGACGAAUUUAUACAGUUCAUCCUAACAAUCAAGAGUGUUAUUAUUUGCGAUUGUUGCUAAAUGUUCGUGCACCAACAUCAUUUGAAUCUUUGCGAACUGUUGAUGAAGAAUUGUGUGGGACGUAUCGCGAAGCAUGCGAACGAUUGAAUAUGCUUGAGAAUGACAUACAUUGGGAUCUUACUCUUGAAGAUGCAGCAUUGUCAUCAAGUCCACAUCAAAUUCGGACACUUUUCGCAACUAUUAUAGCGACGUGCAGUCCAGCAAAGCCAAUUGAAUUGUGGCAAAAACAUCAAAAUCAUUUGUCAGAGGAUUUUUUACAUCGAUUGCGCCGUCAAACGGGUGAUAUAAAUGUGGACUAUACGCCGGAAAUUUACAACGAAGCAUUGAUUGCUAUUGAAGACCUUUGCUUGAUGAUGGCAAGCAAAGCAUUAGCUCAAUUAGGUAUGACAGCGCCUAAUCGUGAUAUACACGACCUUUUCAACAAAGAACUGGAGCGUGAACAGCAGUAUGAUCGUGCCGAGCUUAAUGCGUUUGUGCAAAACAAUGAGCCACGGUUAAAUAUCAACCAAAGAACGGUUUACGACCAAAUAUUGCGAGCUAUCGAAGAACAACAUGGUGGACUGUUCUUUUGGAUGCAGCUGGAGGUACCGGAAAAACGUGAAGAGUAUGUGCCCGUGGACUCCUCUACGCCGCUCUUCAUUCAGUUUGCGUGA